AUGAACGACGAGGAAGCAAUUCAGAAUAUCUACAAGAAGAUCGAGAGGGAAAAGGCCCUUAUCAACGCCGCCAAUGCGAUGAGGGCCCAGACCAACAACGAGGCAGUCCGCUCCCGCCUCGACUCUCAGAUGCGCGAUGGCCGCCGAAACCUCAAGUUCUUCGAGGAGAAGCUGCAGGACAUCCAGCAGCGACGUAUCGGCCAGGGCGUCGAAGGCAUGUCUUUGGAUGAUGCCGGCGACGACGCUCCAGCGCCCCCUCCCAAGGAUGGUUCAGGCAACUGGGCGGGAGAGAGGGGUUCCUACGGCUCUGGCUCGGGGCAAUACGGUGGCGGUCACUCUGAUCUGAUGCCUCCGCGCCAUCCUUAUGCCACUCCAGGGCCUGGCUCUGGUAUCCCGAGAGCACGACCAAACUUUACUAGGCUAGAUUUGAUCAAAUAUGACACACCGCACUUGGGACCCCGCAUUCAGCUCAUGCUAUCGCAGAUUCAGUUCAAGCUCAAUGUCGAGGAGCAGUAUCUGAAGGGUAUUGAAAAGAUGGUGCAACUCUAUGGCAUGGAGGGCGACCGGAAGAGCAAGGCCGAUGCCGCUGCUAGGAAAGUUGAGAGCAAGCAGAAGAUAGUAUUGCUGAAGCAGGCGCUCAAGAGAUACGAAGAGCUGCACAUCGACAUGGACACUGCGGAUGCCCAGGAUGACGACUCGAUCAACACACCUAACCUCAGGAAGCCCCUCACUGGAAGUCUGUCGAUCCGAGUUCUUGCCGUCAAGGAUGUUGAUCACGCUCCUACUGGAAGAUUCACGCGAGGACCCGAGACUUUCGUCGCUGUCAAGGUUGAAGACACCGUCAUGGCUCGAACCAGGGCCUCGCGAAACGAUCGCUGGGAGGCUGAAUAUCACACCAUCGAGGUGGACAAGGCUAACGAGAUCGAACUGACCGUCUAUGACAAGCCCAGUGAGCACCCAAUGCCCAUCGCCAUGCUUUGGGUUCGAAUUUCCGACAUCAUCGAGGAGAUGCGCCGCAAGAGGAUCGAGGCCGAGAUGAACAGCUCCGGUUGGGUGUCUGCGGAUAGGAUGGGCAGCGCUUCUGCCCCUUCGCAAUUCCCAAUGAGCCCAUCUCAGGGCUCCUUUGGAGGAUCUCCUACAUCGCCCGACGGCCCUCAGCAGGGCAAUGAGCAGGGCGGCGCAUACGGAACACCUGGUCCUCAACCUCAGGUCAACACAGGACCUAUCGAAGGGUGGUUCAACCUCGAGCCCACAGGACAGAUUCAGCUUCAAAUGAGUUUCAACAAGAGCGACAGGCGCCCUGUCGACCUUGGUCUUGGACGAAAGGGUGCCGUCCGUCAGCGCAAGGAGGAGGUUCACGAGAUGUACGGUCACAAGUUUGUGCAGCACCAGUUCUACAACAUCAUGCGCUGCGCUCUCUGCGGAGAUUUCCUCAAGUACUCGACCGGCAUGCAGUGCGAGGACUGCAAGUACACUUGCCAUACCAAGUGUUAUUCCAGCGUGGUCACAAAGUGCAUUAGCAAGAGCAAUGCUGAGACUGACCCCGACGAGGAGAAGAUCAACCACCGUAUUCCUCACAGGUUUACUCCUUUCUCGAACAUGACUGCAAACUGGUGCUGUCACUGCGGUUACAUCCUGCCGUUUGGAAAGAAGAAUUGUCGAAAGUGUUCCGAAUGUGGCCUUACCUGCCACGCCCAAUGUGUUCACCUUGUUCCAGACUUCUGCGGCAUGUCUAUGGCCGUGGCCAACCAGAUCUUGGACGGUAUCAGGACUCAAAAGCAGAGGCAGGCCAAGGUUUCGUCACUCACCGAGAAGACUCUCCGGCCUGGAAAGACGAGCCCGACUAGCACUCACUCCGCAGCACCUUCGUACUCGAGCUCCAGUGUUCCCAGUUAUGCGCCCGGGCCAGCGUCCCCUGAGGCGACCGAGGCAGCGAAGCUCAUGUACAACCAGCCUCAAGGGCAGAGACCACACCCCGAUCGAACAUCCUCCAGCUCAGCGGCAACCGCAGCUGCCAGUGCAGCGAUGUCUGGCGCCCCCGGUGGUGCUCAACGGCAACAGUCGGACUACGGACGUUAUAGCGGUGGCUAUGAUCAACAGGAGGAUGCGUAUGGUCAAGCAAGUCAACCGGGUGCUGGACAGCAGCGCAAGUACAACCCUGCAGACUAUGCCAAUGUCAACCCUGGCUAUGGUGGACAAGCUCCUCAGCAGGCUCAACGACCUGUGCAGCCUCAGCAGUAUCCUCAACAGCCACCUCCUCAACAGCCGUUGCCCCCGGUACCGCAACAGCAGCCGCAACAGCAGCAGCCCGCUUACCAACAACAGCCACAGGUGCCUCCGCACAAGCCGCAGGCGGAACCCAUGUCUCCCUCUCAGGGAUCCGUUUCUGGCGGACAGCGAAUGCAGCUCCCUCUUGCUACCGAUCCUGGCACUGGUCAGCGUAUUGGUCUUGAUCACUUCAACUUCCUCGCUGUGCUGGGUAAGGGUAACUUUGGAAAGGUCAUGCUGGCUGAGACCAAGAGGUCUCGAAAGCUUUAUGCUAUCAAGGUGCUCAAGAAGGAGUUUAUCAUUGAGAACGACGAAGUUGAGAGCAUCCGAUCCGAGAAGCGAGUGUUCCUGGUGGCCAACAGGGGACGACACCCCUUCCUUACCAACCUGCACGCUUGUUUCCAGACCGAAACCCGUGUCUACUUCGUCAUGGAGUACGUCAGUGGUGGUGAUCUGAUGCUUCACAUUCAGCGUGGACAAUUCGGCACCAAGCGAGCGCAGUUCUACGCCGCCGAGGUUUGCUUGGCGCUCAAGUACUUCCACGAGAAUGGUGUCAUCUACCGUGAUCUGAAGCUCGACAACAUUCUCUUGUCGCUCGAUGGCCAUGUCAAGAUUGGCGAUUAUGGUCUUUGCAAGGAGGAUAUGUGGUAUGGUUCGACAACGAGCACCUUCUGUGGUACUCCUGAGUUCAUGGCCCCCGAGAUUCUGCUUGACAAGAAGUACGGACGCUCCGUCGAUUGGUGGGCGUUUGGUGUCUUGAUCUACCAGAUGCUUCUUCAGCAAUCCCCCUUCCGAGGCGAGGAUGAGGACGAAAUCUACGACGCUAUCCUUGCUGAUGAGCCUCUGUACCCGAUCCACAUGCCUAGGGACUCCGUCUCCAUUCUUCAGAAGCUGCUCACUCGUGAGCCAGAUCAGCGACUCGGAAGCGGCCCAACUGAUGCACAGGAGGUGAUGAGCCAGCCUUUCUUCCGUAACAUCAACUGGGACGACAUCUACCACAAGCGGGUGCAGCCUCCUUUCAUGCCUUCUAUCAAGAACCCAACGGAUACCAGCAACUUCGAUUCCGAGUUUACCAGUGUUACCCCUGUUUUGACCCCAGUUCAGUCUGUCUUGUCGCAGGCCAUGCAGGAGGAGUUCCGUGGCUUCUCUUACACUGCCGACUUUGAUUAA